CCGCCCCGUGAGCGUGAGUUGUGCUGAAGAUAAUAAUAGAAAUAGGGCAGGGUCCAGGAGACAAACGCGCUUCGGCCAAGAGCGAUUUCACAACUUCAGUAUGACAUAAACGCAGUGACAGCCAGGAGCCUGAAACCUGACGAGAGGACUGAGAAAACAACACUUGCUGUCUCGCGGUGAAACGGCUUGGGGCGACGCGCACGGAGUUCAGCGAUCAACAGAACUGCGUUACUUCGGAAACUUCUAUACAUGAGCUCCGAUAAAUGCGCGUAAGCUCUUCCCAAACGCUUGUGUUGCAGGACAUCGAUGCAUUUCCCGGAGUGGGAUAUCGUUUCUUCGAGUCGUGACGCGCGGGUCCGCGAGCAGUCCUUGAUCUCUGCCGCUAUCCUUCUCGCCAGACCUAUACUGAUAAGCGCAUUUUUAGUCUUUCAUCUUUAAACGAAACGAUAAUCGUCUUUAUUGUAGGUUGUCGGUGCCGAUGACGUCACUCGCGUCACUUUUAUUGACUUGUUUGAUGCCACUGGUAUUUGGCUACCAGGAAUGCCAGCCAUGAAGUGUGCUGGUUGAGUAGCUGUAUUGUUGUGGCUGGACUCAUUCGACAAACUGAUGAAAAAUGAAUACAGAUCUGGAGGCUAUUUCUCUUUCUGUACCCUCUCUCGGUCAACCCCUAGACAUGAUCGGACGGAGUCAUGCGGAAUCCAGUGGCGGGAUGAUUUCUGGUGCCGGGACCUUGUGGCACGACCCCUCUAUCUGCAAGAGUGCCCACCCUGGGGUGAUCAGUUUGCCCUCGGACUGUGGCACCUUGCUGACCACGGGGAAAUGUAAAAACCGAGCUGUAACAGUGGCCUACGUGAGGAACUCUGAGACGAGCCAAUCUCUCAGCUCAGAGAACAUGGCUUUACAGUGUCUGAAAGAUGCUUGUGACGUUGUGGGGUGUAAACUAGAUGUAAUUCCCUUUGGAAAGCUGGACUUUGGUGAAACUUCAGUUCUUGAUCACUUUUACAAUGCAGAUAUCGCAGUGGUUGAAAUGACGGAUGCGUUUCGACAGCCCUCUCUCUUCUAUCACUUGGGCGUGAGAGAGAGUUUCAGCAUGGUCAACAACAUCAUCCUUUACUGUGAUCUCAACUCAGACUCGCUGCAGUCUCUUCAGGAGGUGAUAUGUCAGAAGAACAUGACCUGUGCCGCUAAUUACACGUUCAUCCCAUACAUGGUGACGCCCCAGAGUAAGGUGUACUGCUGUGAGAGCAGUCUGAUGAAGGGUCUGAGCGAGCUGAUGCAGCCCAGCUUCGAGGCCCUGCUGGGGCCCAUCUGUAUGCCCCUGCUGGACAGACUCGCUCAGCUGCUCGCCGGCUGCAAGACCGACACCUGUCAGUACUUCCGUGAGACCGUUCUGAAUGAGAUCCGUAAAGCACGUGAGCUUUACACCGGAGCAGAACUGGCGGCAGAACUCAGACGGAUCCAGCAGCGGCUCGAUAAUGUGGAGUGUCUUUCAGCCGAUGUGGUCAUCAACCUCCUCCUUUCAUACAGAGAUAUUCAGGAUUAUGAUUCCAUUGUGAAGUUAGUUGAAACGCUGGAAAAGCUGCCGACCUUUGACCCCGUGGCUCAUACUCAUAUAAAGUUCCACUACUCCUUUGCCCUCAACAGGAGAAACCUCCCCGGAGACAGACCGAAGGCUCUGGACAUCAUGCUGCCGUUGGUGAACUCGGAUGAGCAGGUGGCGUCGGAUAUCUAUUGCCUGGUAGGCCGAAUCUAUAAGGAUAUGUUCCUGGAUUCCCAUUUCACCGACACAGAUAGCAGAGAUCAAGGCAUUCGCUGGUUUCGAGAAGGCUUUGAGUCGGAGCCCACGCUGCACUCUGGGAUUAACUAUGCGGUGCUGCUACUGGCCGCAGGACACCAGUUUGAGUCCUCCUUUGAGCUGCGUAAAGUAGGUGUGAAGUUGAGCAGUCUGCUGGGGAAGAAGGGCAGUCUGGAUCGAUUGCAGAGUUACUGGGACGUGGGUUUCUUCCUCGGGGCUAGUAUUCUCGCCUGUGACAACACACGCGUCAUCCAGGCCUCCGAGAAACUCUUCAAAAUCAAUGCACCCAUUUGGUAUCUGUGCUCCCUGGUUGAGACCAUCCUCAUCUAUAAGCACUUUACGAAACCAAGCACCGAUCCGCAGGCCCCUAGACAAGAGCUUGUGGACUUCUGGAUGGACUUCAUGGUGGAAGCCACCAAAAAGGAUGUGACAUCAGUCCGUUUUCCUGUAUUGAUACUGGAGCCCACUAAAGUCUACCAGCCAUCUUACCUCUCCAUAAACAAAGAUGCCGAAGAGAACACGUUGUCCAUCUGGCACGUGACCCCUGAUGACAAAAACGCCGGGAUCCACGAGUGGAACUUCAGUGCGGCGUCAGUGCGAGGCGUGAGCAUCUCCAAAUGUGACGAGCGCAGCUGUUUCCUGUAUGUGGUGAACAACUCGGAAGACUUCCAGAUCUAUUUCUGCACAGAUAUGCACUGCAAAAAGUUCUGUGAUCUGGUGAACGCUCUCACUGAGGAGGCCUGGAAAGGCUCAGAUGAGGCCGAGUGUGAAUCAGAGGCUUUAGAGUAUGAUUACGAGUACGAUGAGCAUGGAGACAGGGUGGUUCUGGGUAAGGGCACGUUCGGUGUCGUCUACGCCGGGCGGGACCUCAGUAACCAGGUGCGCUUAGCCAUCAAAGAGAUUCCCGAACGGGACAGUAGAUACUCGCAGCCUCUGCAUGAAGAAAUAGCCCUGCAUAAACACCUGAAGCACAAGAACAUCGUGCAGUACCUCGGCUCCAUCAGCGAGAACGGCUUCAUCAAGAUCUUCAUGGAGCAGGUGCCCGGAGGCAGUCUGUCAGCAUUGCUCAGGUCAAAGUGGGGCCCUCUGAAAAACAAUGAGCCAACUAUCGGUUUCUACACCAAGCAGAUCCUGGAGGGUCUCAAGUACCUGCACGACAACCAGAUCGUUCACAGAGACAUUAAGGGGGAUAACGUCCUGAUCAACACCUACAGUGGAGUCCUGAAGAUCUCUGACUUUGGGACGUCCAAACGUCUGGCCGGAAUAAACCCCUGCACUGAAACCUUUACUGGGACGUUACAGUACAUGGCUCCUGAAAUCAUAGAUAAAGGGCCUCGUGGGUACGGUAAACCGGCAGACAUCUGGUCCCUGGGCUGCACCAUUAUAGAAAUGGCCACUGGGAAACCGCCUUUCUAUGAGCUGGGGGAACCGCAAGCUGCGAUGUUCAAGGUCGGGAUGUUUAAAAUCCAUCCGGAGAUUCCUGACUCCAUGUCGUCCGAAGCCAAAGCAUUUAUCCUGCGCUGCUUCGAGCCGGACCCAGACAGCCGAGCCACGUCCAUCGAUCUACUCACACAUGAAUUCCUCACUGUUACGUCACGCAAGAAACGCUCCAAGAACAACAAUUUCACAGCUCUUACACCAGGAACUGAGUAUCUGCGCAGCAUAUCUCUUCCCGUCCCCGUGGUGGUCGAGGACACGAGCAGCAGCAGCGAGUACGGCUCGGUCUCGCCUGACAAUGAGCUCUGCACAAACCCCUUCAACUUUAAACCCAGCACCAAGUGCUACAGCGAGAGAGAGGUCAAAGGCCACCGCUCGCUCUUCCUGAGUAUUCCUGUGGAGAACUUUGAGGACCACAGUGCACCCCCUUCUCCAGAAGAGAAAGACUCUGGUUUCUUCAUGCUGAGGAAAGACAGUGAGAGGAGAGCGACUCUUCACCGGAUCCUGAUCGAGGACAAAGAGAAAAUAGUGCUUCACCUGCUGGAGGCGCUGACACAGGGGUCUGAGGAGACCAGACUGAAGCAUCAGCAUAUCUCCAUGCUGGUGGCCAGUCUGGGAGAGUUUGUGAGGAUGGCGAACAGAAAGAUCAUUGCCGACACCCUCUCUCAGCUCAAACUGGAGCUGGACUUCGACAGCACAGCCAUCAGCCAGCUGCAGGUGGCGCUCUUCAGCUUCCAGGAUGCGGUAAAUAAAGUCCUGCGGAACCACAACAUAAAGCCGCACUGGAUGUUUGCCCUGGAUAACAUCAUCCGGAAGGCUGUACAGACUGCCAUCGUCAUACUGGUACCUGAAUUGCGGCCACACUUCACGUUGGCGUCUGAGAGCGACCCCGCCGAGCAAGAGGACAUUGAUGACGACACGGUUCCUCAGGGAAACGCUGUGCCUAGCAUAGCACCCGCCGUUCAUCACGACGACACCGUGGCCACGUCUGGAGUGAGCACGCUCAGUUCAACCGUUUCCCAUGAGUCUCAGAGCGCUCAGCGAUCCAUCAGCGUGGAGCUGGGGCGCAUGAAGAUAGAGACCAAGAGGUUGUUGGAGGAAUUAAUAGAGAAAGAGAAAGAAUAUCAGGCCAUCCUACAGCAAGUCCUGGAGGAGAGAGAACAAGAGAUCAAACUAUUAAAGUGUCGAUCCGGGCCCGUCGAUGUUCCUGUGCGCCUCAUGAACACAAAUACUUCAUUUGAAGGAGACGGACACCAGGAACUUCUGGACUGGCUGAAACUCCACGGGGCGGAUGCAGACUCCAUCGAGAGAGUUAUAGCCGAAGAGUACAGUCUUGAUGACAUCCUUCAUUGUGUCACGAGAGACGACUUGAAGACUUUGAGAUUACGAGGUGGAGUCCUGUGUAAACUCUGGAGCGCCAUCUCCGAGCACAGAAAAAAGCCCGGCUGAGGCCCAUAGCCACGUACAUGUGCCAUCCAGACUCUGUUCAGCUGUUAAAACAUAACCAAAUAUAUAUAGUGGGAUCAAUUGAAGUCUUAUGUGAUUAUCCAUAUCACAUGUAAAUAUGUUUUAACUUUUAUAUUUGU